CGCGUCCCCACCCGUGAAACCAGCCUGCGGGUCCUGUCCUUUCACGACUGCCUGGGGCCACGGCACCGUCCCUGGAACAGACCUUUGGAUCUGCGGCCGCCCCCCUUCAGUAGAAAGUCCGGCGUGGGGGCUCAGUUCCUUCUGGAAAGGAAGCUCGUCCCUCACAGGUUCUCAGUCUGGAGCAUAGGAGGCAUUCUGGGAACAGUUCCAUUUUAAGAGACUGCCGAGUGUGUCGGGGUGAGAGCCGGGCCCCUGCGGUGUCCCCUUAGCAUGGAGGCGCCUCUGCAGACGGAGCUGGUGGAGCUGGUGCCCAACGGCAAACACGCGGAAGGACUACGCCCGGUCGGCACCCCCACAGCAGGCGAUGAGAGGGUCCAGGGCCCCCCGCGAACCUGCGUUGAGGGCGAGGGCUUCCUACAGAAAAGCCCCAGCAAGGAGCCGCACUUCACGGACUUCGAGGGGAAGACGUCGUUCGGGAUGUCGGUGUUCAACCUCAGCAACGCCAUCAUGGGCAGCGGCAUCCUGGGGCUGGCCUACGCCAUGGCCAACACGGGCAUCGUCCUCUUCCUGUUCCUGCUGACAGCCGUAGCCCUGCUCUCCAGCUACUCCAUCCACCUGCUGCUCAAGUCUUCGGGGAUUGUGGGAAUCCGCGCCUAUGAGCAGCUGGGCUACCGCGCCUUUGGGACCCCGGGGAAGCUGGUGGCGGCCCUGGCCAUCACCUUGCAGAACAUCGGAGCCAUGUCCAGCUACCUGUACAUCAUCAAGUCCGAGCUGCCCCUUGUCAUACAGACCUUCCUGAACCUGGAGGCGCAAACUUCGGACUGGUACGUGAACGGGAACUACCUGGUGAUUCUGGUCUCUGUCACCAUCAUUCUGCCCCUGGCACUGAUGCGGCAGCUGGGCUACCUGGGCUACUCCAGCGGCUUCUCCCUCAGCUGCAUGGUGUUCUUCCUAAUCGCAGUCAUCUACAAAAAGUUCCAGGUGCCCUGCCCACUCCCCUCCACCUUAGCCAACGUCACAGGCAACUUCAGCCUCACGCAGUUCAGCAGGGAGGAGACGCCGCCCCUGGGGGAGGCCGGCGCCCCAGCUGUCUGCACCCCAAGCUACUUCACUCUCAACAUACAGACGGCGUAUACCAUCCCCAUCAUGGCCUUCGCCUUCGUCUGCCACCCAGAGGUGCUCCCCAUCUACACGGAGCUCAAGGAUCCCUCCAAGAAGAAGAUGCAGCGCAUCUCCAACCUGUCCAUCACUGUCAUGUACAUCAUGUACUUCCUGGCCGCCCUCUUUGGCUACCUCACCUUCUAUGACGGGGUGGAGUCGGAGCUGCUGCACACCUACAGCAAGGUGGACCCGUUCGACGUGCUGAUCCUGUGCGUGCGCGUGGCCGUGCUGAUGGCCGUCACGCUCACUGUGCCCAUCGUGCUGUUUCCGGUGCGGCGCGCCAUCCAGCAGAUGCUGUUUCAGGACCAGGAGUUCAGCUGGCUGCGGCACGCGCUCAUCGCCGCCGGCCUGCUCACCUGCAUCAACCUGCUGGUCAUCUUCGCGCCCAACAUCCUGGGCAUCUUCGGGGUCAUCGGUGCCACGUCUGCCCCGUGCCUCAUCUUCAUCUUCCCCGCCGUCUUCUACUUCCGCAUCGUGCCCACCGAGAAGGAGCCUGCGAGGUCCACCCCCAAAAUCCUGGCCCUCUGCUUCGCUGCGCUUGGCCUCUUGAUGAUGACCAUGAGCUUGAGCUUCAUCAUCAUCGACUGGGUCUCGGGGACCAGCCGGCAUGGAGGAAACCACUAGGACAGCCCGUCCUGUUCGGUCUGCUCACCAGUGCCCCGCCCGGACCCCUCGGCCCCGGCUGGCACCCCGUGGCCCGUCUCGGGGAGGAGAAAGACAUGGCUAAACACCGUGGCGUGGGGCCCCGUCCCGGGGCCUCUCUGUGGAAGGGUCAUUUUUUUAGAGAGAACCAGGACCAAAGCCCUUGGGCCCCUUCCCUGCGGGGGGCUCCUGGUCUGCAGGGCCUUCCUGAGCUGGGAGCAGGCGGGGCUGCCCCCCGCCUCGUUGCCUCAGAGCUCGCCGGAGCCCCUUUCCCUCCUGGCGCUGAGCUCUGCCAGCCUGCAGGGGGCACGUGGAGCUGGAACCCAGGCCGGCGGCCAUCCCCCCACCUCGCUGUUGGGUCACGGGCUGCCCCCUGAGGCCCCGUCUCCCUCAGCCCUCCUGCCUGCCUUCCUGCCGUCCCCGAGGCCCUUGCAGGCACGUGGGCUCAGGUGCUUGGGUAUUCUUUUCCGGUUCUCCCAUCCUCGCCACCACCGGGAACAUAACCCCUCACCCUACUCCUGGAGCCAGCAGGUUCUUUUGAGGGUGACAUCGAAUCAGUGGGGUGUCCUCAACAGGCCCCUGCCGUGCACCGUCACCAGCCCCGGGGAGGCUGGGACUCCCCCCACCCGAGCCUGGGCCCUAGCCCGCGCCCCCCGCUGGGAGAAGAGAGAGGCUGGGGCCCAGAGCAUCUCUGCCCCUGGCAGCCAGAGACCCAGGGGCCAGCCUGGGACAGGGUGGAGGCUGGCUGGCAGCCCCCUUUUAUAAAUAUGAUACUGAAGACCAA